UGGAUAUUGGAUGCUCCCGUUUUCGCCCCUCUAGAACUUUCGCUCUUCCAGCUCGGCGCUCCGAACGAAAUAAGGCGCUUCUUUUAUCGUUCCGGUGAAUCAUCGGCAAGUACAGACGUAGAUAGUCUGCUACUAUCAUUCACGUAGCCGUUUUCAUACGUCAUCUUGGAACAAUGGCCACCGUGAUGCAGAAAAUCAAAGACAUCGAAGAUGAGAUGGCAAGGACUCAAAAGAAUAAAGCUACUGCUCAUCACCUUGGCCUGUUAAAGGCUAAACUUGCAAAACUGCGAAGGGAACUUCUUGCACCUUCGUCAAAAGGUGGUGGUGGUGGUGCUGGGGAAGGUUUUGAUGUUACAAAAAGUGGUGAUUCUAGAGUUGGUCUGGUGGGCUUUCCUUCUGUUGGAAAAUCUACACUACUGAACAAGUUGACAGGCACCUUUUCAGAGGUAGCUUCAUAUGAAUUUACAACCUUGACUUGUAUUCCAGGAGUGAUCGUGUAUAGAGGAGCUAAAAUCCAGUUGUUGGACCUUCCUGGUAUCAUUGAGGGUGCUAAAGAUGGAAAAGGUAGAGGAAGGCAGGUUAUCAGUACUGCUAGGACGUGCAAUUGCAUUCUGAUUGUUCUUGAUGCGAUAAAACCAAUUACUCACAAGCGCCUGAUAGAGAAAGAGCUUGAAGGAUUUGGAAUUAGGUUGAACAAAGAACCACCUAAUUUGACAUUUAGGAAAAAAGAUAAGGGUGGAAUUAAUUUGACAUCAACAGCUACCAACACAAAUCUUGACCUCGAUACUGUCAAGGCAAUAUGCAGCGAAUACAGAAUACACAAUGCUGAUAUUCAUCUCAGGUAUGAUGCAACUGCUGACGACCUUAUUGAUGUCAUCGAAGGUAGUAGAGUGUAUAUGCCUUGCAUCUAUGUUGUAAACAAGAUCGAUCAGAUUACAUUGGAAGAGUUGGAGAUUCUGGAUAAACUUCCACACUAUUGUCCAAUCAGUGCUCAUCUGGAGUGGAACCUUGAUGGUUUACUUGAGAAGAUCUGGGAAUACCUAAGUUUAACCCGCAUAUACACAAAGCCCAAAGGAAUGAAUCCAGACUAUGAUGAUCCUGUAAUUUUGUCAUCAAAGAAGACGACAGUUGAGGACUUCUGCUUUCGUAUUCACAAAGAUAUGGUUAAACAAUUCAAAUAUGCACUGGUUUGGGGUUCAAGUGCAAAGCACAAGCCACAGAGAGUGGGCAAGGAGCAUGAACUGGAGGAUGAAGAUGUUGUCCAAAUUAUUAAGAAGGUUUAAUUUUACGACUUCCAGGUGCAUGCACAUAACUAGUUGCUAAAUGUUGUGUGUUUUAGCAUGGAAGCUUCCUAGUUGUUGUUUCAGUUCCGGAGUGUUGUCCUGUAGUUUCCAGAGUGUCAAAUGCGAAUUUUGCCUUUGUUUGGUUUGCAAUAGAAUGACAGAUCGAAUUAGUUGUUACAUUAUCUAUCUAUAUUAUUAUCAUCUUGUUAA